CCUUGCCCACCUGUCCGCAGCUCUUUGAGGGCCUGAAGGCCUUCCGGGGCAAGGACCAGCAGGUGCGCCUCUUCCGACCCUGGCUCAACAUGGACCGGAUGCUGCGCUCGGCGCUGCGCCUCUGCCUGCCGGGUUUCGACAAGGCAGAGCUGCUGGAGUGCAUCCGCCGACUCAUCCAGGUGGACAAGGACUGGGUUCCUCGGGAAGCUGGCACCAGCCUCUAUGUGCGGCCCACGCUCAUUGGGAACGAGCCCUCUCUGGGUGUCGGCCGGUCCUCACAAGCCCUCCUGUUUGUCAUUCUCUGCCCCGUGGGCUCAUACUUCCCCGGAGACUCUGUGAGGUCCGUGUCCCUCCUGGCCGACCCCGCGUUCAUCCGGGCCUGGACGGGCGGAGUCGGCAACUACAAGCUGGGUGGGAAUUAUGGGCCCACCGUGUUGGUGCAACAGGAAGCUCAGAAGAAGGGCUGCGAGCAAGUGCUGUGGCUGUACGGGCCUGACCACGAGCUCACCGAGGUGGGCACUAUGAACAUCUUCGUCUACUGGACCCAUGAGGACGGGGUGCUGGAGCUGGUGACCCCCCCGCUGGAUGGUGUCAUCCUGCCUGGAGUGGUCAGACAGAGCCUGCUGGACCUGGCGCAGUCGUGGGGCGAGUUCCGGGUGGUGGAGCGGAAGAUCCCCAUGAGGGCAUUGCUGCGGGCGCUGGAGGAGGGCCGGGUGCGGGAGGUCUUCGGCUCGGGCACGGCUUGCCAGGUGUGCCCUGUGCACCGGAUCCUGUACCAGGACAAGCACCUCCACAUUCCCACCAUGGAAAAUGGGCCCGAGCUGACCCUCCGCUUCCAGAAGGAGCUGAAGACCAUCCAGUACGAAACGGGCGCCCACGAGUGGAUUCUCCCGGUGUGACGCCGCGGGCCGCGCCAGCCGCCCUUCGGAUCUGUCGCCUGUAGUCACGCCGGCCCUCGCCUCGCUACCAAUGUCUCACCUCAAGUGCAAUACGAAAGAAAAGGCCGGGGGACCGGACGCCUGGGUCUCUGGCGCCCCCGCGCGGCCGCUACGCUCCAAAGCCAUCGGGACCGGACCCAGGCAUCUCGGCCCGCAGCCCCGCGUCUCCGGCCUCGGGGGUCAAUGCGCCUCGUUGCUCCGUGUCGCGGGGUCAAGGGUGCACCUUGGCCCCGACUCUGCAUCUCUCCGUUCUCAGGCCAGAACCCCCGGUGCUCCGUUGGUUUAUUGUUGUUUUUUGUUUGUUUCUCUUUCUCCUUGCUGGAAUUUUGAAGUAAAAUGCCAAAGAACAAGA